CCGGUUUACGCGAUACGGCCGCAUUUGGUUCAAUGCGGUUGCUCUGUACGUAUCACAAUAAAAUAAAAUCUUAUAGCACGUCCAGGCAUUCACUACACACAGUAUCAGUGUUAAAAUGGCUCGAUUUACAAGUGUUUCUUUGUUUUUCGUGGCUUUAUUUAUUGUGAUUGAAAUAAUUCUAACUGAAAACAGUCAUAUUACUUCACCAAAACCGCAGUAUAUUUUCGACUUCACAAAGGGGGAUGAUGUUUACGGAUGGACUGAACAAUCAGACACAGUAAGAAGUGUAGGAAUGUCCAAAGCUGUAUUUGUGUUACACGAGAAUACUGAAUUCAGAAGAGCAAUAUUUUUCGCUUUAUUGAACCCUCAGUCGAAUGGAGCAGGAUUUGCUGGAAUACGGGCACAACAAUUCUAUGAUCUAACUGGACAUUCGAAAUUGCAAAUUUUGUGUCGAGGCCAAGGACAGUAUAACGGUUUUAAAAUUGUCUUAAGACAUAAAGGUCUAAAUGAUGAACCUAAUUAUUCUUUUGAGCAAUACUUUCAGGCACCCAAAGAUGAAUUUGCUAUAAGAACUCUACCAUUUUGUGAUUUCAAAGCAUAUUACAGAGGUAAAAGGGUGAACAAUAAUGAAACUCUCGAUAUAUCUCAAAUUACAAGUAUUGGAAUCCAAAUGUAUGGUGGAGUAUAUCAAACUGUGAAACAAAAAGGGCCUGCAACUCUAGAAGUGGACUGGAUACGUGCUAUAUAGAACACUAACAAAUUGAUGAAAUCAAGAAUCUUCAAAAGUAAAAUAAAGCAUAAUAAUUAAAAUCAAGUGAAGGAACACUU